AAGAAACUAAUAGUGACCGUAAGUUUGAGUAAAGGUUUUUCAGCUCGUUCUCUCUUCUCCAUAACAUGUCCUAAUAAUCAAUUAUAUUUAAAAGGUUGUGGAAAUUUCUAAAAUCUUUUGCUUUUCAAUAGUUCGAAUACUUUUAUAAGCAUUCGCAAAAAGGUAGCCUACUUUUUUCGCCCAGAUAAAAGUUUAUACGAUUCAUGUGAAAGAUAAUCUUUUGUGAUUUUUCAUAACGAUAGUAUAAGUUACAUAAAAGCGUGAUCAAACUACUUUCUAACUUUUAGAAAUAUUUAUAUUGUGUCUUACUCAGUACAUUAAUAUGCAUACAAGAUUGUUAGGAUCGGAUGAAGAUACAACCGAUGUCUAUACUAAGCUUAUUUAAUUAUUAAAUAAAAGCUUGAAUCGAAUAACACGAAAUAAUAAUAAUCUCGAUUAACAGAAGAAUAAUACAGCGAAUAGCAACAAGAAAAAAAGCACGCAUUAGAAAAAAAAAUGUUUGAAAUGUAGGAAUAGAAAUUGUUCUAAAUUAAUCAUUAUGAUCAAUGUUUCUUUAGAAACUUAACAUUCUGUGUCGGCUGUAUUAAUAUUAUAAAUAUAUUCAGAAAAUCUGAUAAAUGGAGCGAAGGAAGAAGUAGUAAUUCGAAAUGAAAUAGUUUCGUUGGGAUGAAGUUUUAGAGCGUAUGCUUUAACUCAAACGAUAGAAUUAGUUGUAAUCUAUCCAUUUAUCUCAUAUCUUUUAAAAAUAAACUUUUCCACCCGUUUUUGAGAAUAUAAUAUAAAUUUGUAGCAGUCUGUGUCUCACGAGUACUACACUUCGGCUCCACAGCGGCUACACUGAUAAGUUUUUGUAACUAAAAAGGUACUCUCAGAGAACCGAAGCGAUUUUGAAAAUUGGAGACAGAAUUUUCACGAUUUUCGAAUCUUAAAUAUAGAUUUGAACUCAUCAGUUUGAAAAUUUUGAGCCGAAAACCCUGGGAAUGAACACAUUUCGGAGUAGAAAACUAAUGAAAAUCUUCAGCACUCAAAAAAAAUCUUAAAUACAUAGGGGGUCUUCUAUUACGCGGGACACAAUUUUUUCCGAAAGGGGUCUUCUAUUAUGAGGGGGUCUUGUAAUAUGGAAGGGGGGGGGGGGGGGGUUUAGUAAAUAAAUAUUCAAAGUUCUGUUGGCACAAUAUACAGGAAAAUUUGAAUUUCUAGGAAAUAAAAAUCUACCAUUAUUUCGAUUCCAUUGUCUUUCCUAAGCCCUUAAUAAUGCCUCCGUAAAUCUGCUAAGGAUUCUAAUUUCAAAAGAAUCAGUUAUAUAGAAUCAAGCGAGUAGUUUUUUUAACAAUUCGUCUUUAAUCGGCAUUUUUUUGACCAAAACUGGUUUGCUAUUUUAAUUGUUUUACUUUAUAAAAGAUAAGUUCUUUUUGUAAUUUUCAUUGUAGAAACACGACAUGAUGUAGUUCAAACGAUUGAACCAGAAUCAGGUCCUUGGGGUGAAUUUACUGAUAUAAUGUAUUGUGCUGCGGGUACGUGGGCAAUAGGUUUUCGACAACGUGUGGAGCAACCAUGUGGCAAUGAUUGUGACGAUACAGCUUUGAAUUCAUUGGAAUUAUUGUGUGCAAAGAAAGAUGGAACUUCUGUUAAAUCAAUUACACCACACGCUGGUUAUUGGGGCGAUUGGAGUAAUAUCGUUCGUUGUCCUGGAAACAAUAACUUUUUGAGAGGUGUUUCAUUCAAAAUUGAAUCGCCUCAAGGAUCAGGUGAUGAUACAGCUGCAAAUGAUUGUCAAUUUUCAUGCUCUCAAUCAUCUAACAUUCUCGCAUCGAAUGGUGGUCGAUU